AGAGGAGCAAGAGGCAAGAUAAGAGUGCAGAUAAAGAAAGUGCCUGAGGGAAGGGAACAGGUGGAACUCAGUUGGAUUUGCAUUGUUACAGACACAAUUGUCUCUGCACUGACAGCUAAAGGAGGGUACGAGGCAGAGACUGUGAAUCUGUUGUUUGCUGAAAACUCUGAACAUAAGCAGUACCAACCUGCCUUCUAGGAAUCUGCAGCUAAGACCCUACAGAAACUUCUGCAUAGUAAAUUCUCCCCCAUUCCCUCAACAACGGGAUUUGACAGCCAUGCCAGUGAUUUGAAACAUGUAUUGCACUGCUCUGCAAUUCCUGCCACUUUAACAGCACUUAUGUUUGCCAGCACAUUCAAAUAUCUGCCAGGAUAAGGCACCUACAGAACAUCUUUUAUCCACCUUCUGGGCUGUGGCGCAGGCAAUGAUCUUGCACCAGGAGACUGACAGUUCUGACUACCUGUGCCUCGGAGCUGUGGAUAUAACUGGAAACACUUGUAUGCAAAGAAAUUUCACUUUCCCGGUGCCACAGUGCUGCCGAGUCUGUAUGAGCUCCCUUCUCAGCAAAUGAAGAACUGGACAAAGACUUGAUUGUUGAAGCGGGGGAGUAAAAAAGAAGAAUCAGAAAAUAAUGUCUCGCAAAAAUAGUGAUGGUUUUAUUAACGAAGCCUAUCAUGAUUCAGAAACCCUGCAACUGGACAGAGGGCGGUAUAAUACAUCGUUCUCGAGAGAGAAGUCGUCGUUCUACAACCCUAAUCCUUACAAUGAUGAUAACAUUGGCUACGGUGAACAACCACCUGAAAGGAGGCAGAACAGAGUUUUUUUGCCAAUGAACUCAGUGAGGCAAGAUCCAGAAUACAGCCAGCAAAUUCCAAGAAACUUUGUUCCAAACAAUAAUCCCUAUGGUGGAGACUAUAGCAAUCCUGCAUUUGAACCAGAUUCCAAUACAGUGGCACCUUAUGAUUAUAAUGGCACUAGACACCCAUACUUUGGCAGUGGGGUUGACCUAGCAGAAGAUCCAAGUUUCCCAAGAGGAUCCAGUAGAAAAAGCACAGCUGCGCUUCAGCCAAGGAUUUCAGAGGUGGAUCCCUCCCUUGAAAAACAAGAAAAUAAAGAGCUUGUAAGGAAGCUUGCAGACUUGCCAACUGCCGACAUAGCCAAAGAACUCAAAAAGCUUCCAACUUCUGUGAAAGAAAAACGUGACCUGAGGAACAAAGUCUUCUUGCUGAAACAGAAGUCAUAUAAAGGUGCCUACCAGAUGGACUGUUGUAAUGGAUGUCUUCACCAAAUAAGAGUGUGGUUCCGGAAAUCCAAGCAGUCAAUAGCAGAUGUUUUGGUAUUACUGCAACUUUGGCACAGCACUCUCAAAGUCAUAGGGAGCAAGUUUGGAACAAGUAUCCUCUCCUAUUUUAUAUUCCUGAAGUGGCUCCUCCGGUUUAACAUCUUCUCAUUCAUUGUGAACUUCAGUUUUAUAACCAUUCCACAGUUCUUUGAUAUGAAUCCCAACAACUUAUCAUUUUCUGGCCUGGAACUACUAACAGGAGCUGGCUAUUUUCAAGACACUGUCUUAUACUAUGGUUUUUACACAAAUUCUACAAUCAGAAACAAUGAGAGCCUUGCUCCUUACAACAUGCAACUUGCUUAUAUCUUCACUAUCGGACUGUACCUUGCAGCCUGCUUCCUUAUCUUGCUAUUCAGCAUGGCAAGAUCGUUCCGGAAGAAUUUCAUUAAUCCAGCUUCCUUCUCAGGCAAUGCUUGCAAGCUUCUCUGCAGUUGGGAUUUCAGCAUAACCCAUGAAAAGGCUGUGAAUCUGAAGAGAAAGAAUCUGAGUACACAAAUAAAGGAAAGCCUAUCAGAAAAAUUACAGGAGAAACUAAAGUUAACUGUGAAUCAGAGGAUCGUACGUUUUCUAAUCCAUUUGGCAGCAUGGUUGGUCUCCAGUGGCAUUGCGGCUGGGUGCUGUGCCGGCGUAUACUAUCUCUGCUUGAACCUUCAAUCCAUUCAGAAUGCAAGUGCUAAUGAACUGACAAGGCAAGCAGCAACAUUACUGGUUCCAGUGGUAGUUGCCCUGAUCAAUAUGAUCAUUCCUCUUGUCUACGCCAUGUUCUUCCUUGUAGAGAAAUACAAGUACCCACGGCAUGAGAUCUAUGUAGAGAUUAUAAGGAAUGUUCUCCUGAAGAUUUCAAUCAUCGGCAUUCUGUGUUAUUAUUGGUUACAUUCUGUUGCCGAAUCCCAGUCUGAGUGCUGGGAAUCAUUUGUGGGAGAAGAUGUCUAUCGGCUUGUAGUGGUUGAUUUCAUAUUCGCCCUGAUUGGUUCCUUCUUUGGAGAAUUUAUAAGAAGAAUCAUUGGGAUGCACUGCUGCAAAAAAUUAGGGAUGCCUGAAUUUGAUAUAGCACGGAAUGUCUUAGAUUUGAUAUAUGCCCAGACACUGGCAUGGAUUGGAAUGUUCUUCUCCCCCCUCCUGCCAAUAAUCCAGAUUAUUAAACUCUUCAUCAUUUUUUAUGUUAAAAAGGUGAGUCUGAUGAUGAACUGUACCCCACCUCGCAGAGCCUGGAGAGCGGCUCAAAUGACAACAAUCUUCAUAUUUAUCCUGUUUUUCCCAUCAUUUGCUGGAGUCCUUUGUAUGAUUGGUGCCACUGUUUGGAGACGACAGCCAUCACAAAACUGUGGUCCUUUUCGAGGCCUAGAAACUCCUUAUCAAUCGAUAUCCAACUGGGUGUCCUCCUUGACUAUUUUUGAAAACUCACUGUGGGUCGUGUGGAUUUAUGAAAAUAUAGUCGAGAGCGUUCUUUUCUUCUACAUUCUGACACUGAUUGUUCUAAUAAUUUCCUAUCUGUACUGGCAAAUAAUUCAAGGUCGGAAGAUUAUGGUGCAGCAUUUGUACCAGCAAAUUGCCAAUGAAGGAAAAGAUAAAUCAUUUUUACUUCAUGAACUUCGGAAAGCACAGAGUCUAAAUGAAGCUCCAGGCAGGGCCCCAUAUAGAGCAGCGCAGAGACAGGUGCAGCCUUCGUACAGAAAUCAGGAAAUGCACACUGUUAAUGAACACAUUCCACUUGAGUCCAGGGGUGAAAGUAUUGGGACUUCAGAUGUCCUGGGGCUUGUGAUGAGGGCGAGGCAACAGGCUGAGAUGGAGGAAAGAUCAUCGGCAUUGAAUAGUAACCUCUCAAGCAAUAAUGGUAACCCUCUAGAUUCACCAGGACAAGCUUGGUCUUCAAGAAAACAGCAGGACCCAAACAGGGAGCCAGUUUGGAACAAUAAUAGCCGGCAAGAGGCAAUAGCCAUGGUUAUGAGAGAAAGGCAAUUGGCUGAAAGAGGACCACCCACUGGAUAAUAUCCCAUCAAACCAACUGGAGAAAGCUAGAACGAUGUUCUAAGCUCACAUAGAGAGCCAUUCAUAUAGCAAGAGCUGUGUGACUACUGACUCUUCCAAAAGACUAAAAGACAGCAGGCUGAGGGAAAUGAAUGGGCUGGAGCUGCCUGAUAUGCUCUCAAGCAGAUGAAGCCUGUGGUGAACACUACCAAGUGUACUAUGGAACAGUGCAUAUCUGAUUUGUUAAUGCCAAAUGAUAAUGCACUGAAGUAUUUAUUUAAAUAGUUUUUAAUGUCUAACAGUGCUUAAUGGCGUGUUAGAUACAUUUGCACAGUUCUAUGCAGUUUACAUGUUGUCUUGAAAAUAAAUAUCAACAAAUCUUUAUAAUUUCUAAA